CGAGUCAAGCCUGCCAGCCUGUUUUCCGUUGCGACAUGUCUAUUGAAACAGGUUGGCAGCACGCUUUUUCGGCCAGCCCAAGUCACGCUGCCCUGACAAUCGUCCAUUUCGUCAACGCUCCCAGCGGCAUCCAGAACGUUUCGUAACUCUUUCACGUUAAAAUGUCGGGAGGCUUAGAUAUAUUGUCCCUCAAGGAGGAUGACAUUACCAAAAUGUUGGUCGCCACCACCCAUUUGGGCUCGGAGAACGUCAACUUCCAGAUGGAACAGUACGUUUACAAACGUCGCGCCGACGGCGUCAACAUCAUCAAUUUGGGCAAAACAUGGGAGAAAUUGGUGCUCGCUGCCCGCGCUAUUGUCGCCAUUGAGAAUGCAUCCGAUGUGUUUGUCAUCUCAUCGCGUCCUAUUGGCCAGCGUGCUGUGCUGAAGUUCGCCAAGUACACGGAUACAACACCUAUUGCCGGUCGUUUCACUCCUGGUGCAUUCACCAAUCAGAUUCAGCCCGCUUUCCGUGAGCCACGUCUAUUGGUUGUCACCGAUCCCAAUACCGAUCAUCAGCCAAUCAUGGAGGCAUCGUAUGUCAACAUUCCCGUGAUUGCUUUCACCAACACGGAUUCACCAUUGCGUUAUAUUGAUAUUGCCAUUCCCUGCAAUAACAAGUCGCCCCAUUCCAUUGGUCUGAUGUGGUGGCUGUUGGCCCGUGAAGUGCUCCGUCUGCGCGGUACCAUUUCCCGUACCACCGAAUGGCCCGUCGUCGUGGAUCUCUUCUUCUACCGUGAUCCCGAGGAGGCGGAGAAGGAGGAGGCUGCUGCCGCCAAGGAGCUGCUGCCACCACCGAAAAUCGAGGAGGCUGUCGAUCAUCCCGUCGAGGAGACGACCAACUGGGCCGAUGAGGUCGCUGCCGAAACCGUUGGCGGUGUCGAGGACUGGAACGAGGAUGCCGUCAAGACCUCUUGGGGCAGCGAUGGUCAGUUCUAAAAAACGACCCAAAUGUUCUAAAUGUCAACCCAGUUGCCCAAUGGCUGCUUAAGCGACUCUACAACAUAAACAGAAAUAAAUACCAUCUUUUAUGUUUCUCAAAAAAA